CGCCACGAUGGAGGGCUGCAGCUGGAAGCAUAAAAUCUACGACACAACUCACCCGGAUCGUCAGUCAACUUUCCCCUCUAAACAAGGUCCAGCAAAUUCGCCCCAAAUUCAUCUCUUCGUUGGAAAGCUUUGUUCAGCUUGGCAAAAUGAGAGCCUCACUUUAUGCUGCACUUGGUGCCAUAGCUGCCACGAAGGUGGCUGGGCAUUCUCUGUUCCAGGCCCUUUGGGUUGAUGGCGUCGACAUGGCUGAUCAAUGUGUUCGGAUGCCCAGCUCUAACAGCCCGGUCACGAAUGUUAACAGUGCCGACAUUCGAUGCAACGUGGGAGGCACCAGGGGUGUUUCAGGCAAAUGUGCGGUGAAGCCUGGCAGCACCGUGACAAUUGAGAUGCACGCGCAACCCGGUGACCGAAGUUGCGGCAGUGAAGCGAUCGGAGGAGCCCACUAUGGCCCGGUUAACGUCUACAUGAGCCAAGUUCCAGACGCCUCAACAGCAGACGGAUCGACUCCGUGGUACAAGAUCUUUGCCGACUCCUGGUCUGCGAAAGGCUCGGUAGGCGACGGUGAUAACUGGGGAACGAAUGAUCUCAACUCCUGCUGUGGCAAGAUGGACGUCCCGAUCCCCGCGGAUACUCCUGAUGGCGACUAUCUCCUCCGAGCCGAAGUCAUCGCCUUGCACACGGCAUCCUCGGCCGGCGGCGCGCAAUUCUACGUUUCCUGCUACCAGAUCACGGUCGCUGGCGGCUCCGCCAGGGCUGCCGCCCUACCAGCCGGCGUUUCGCUUCCCGGAGCGCUUAAGAGCAGCGACCCGGGCAUCCAGAUCAACAUCCACGCGAAGAUAUCCGAGUACGUGAACCCCGGGCCGGACGUCAUCGCCAGCGGUACCACCAAGGUCGCCGGCUCGGGCUGUGCCAGCGGCUGCGCGAAGACUUGCUCCGUCGGAUCCGGACCCGUCGGGACUGCUAUCGGCGCGGCCCCUAAGCCGACUUCGGGCGCUGGCUCUGGUGCCGGUGGCGAGGUUGGCUGCGCUCAAUCGAGAUAUCAACAGUGCGGUGGAGAGGGCUAUACUGGCUGCACGACGUGUGCUGAUGGCCUUACCUGCCAAGAUGUCUCUGCGCCGUACUACUCGCAGUGCGCGUAAGGGGUUAGAGUAGGUAGGGGGUAUCUGAAGGACAUGGUCGUUCGUUGAUAUAGGGGUCUAAUGAAGAUACCUUCUAUAGCAUAUAA